AUGGAUGGAACAAACCAAACAACAGUGACAGAGUUCAUUUUUCUUGGGUUUUCUGCUGUUCUUUAUCUGCGGCUCACCCUGUUUGUGGUGUUUCUCACUGUAUACGUCCUCUCCCUCAUGGGAAACUCGCUCAUUAUUUUCAUUGUUCUCACGGAUAUCACACUACAAACACCCAUGUACAUUUUCUUAGGAAAUCUGUCAUUCUUGGAGAUCUGGUACACCACAGCCACGGUGCCUAAGCUGCUUGCCACCUGCCUCGCACAGGCUGUUACCAUCUCCGUCUCUGGGUGUUUAACUCAGUACUACUUCUUUUUCUCCAUGGGAGCCACAGAGUGCAUCCUGCUGGCAGCCAUGGCCUAUGACCGAUACCUGGCCAUCUGCAGCCCUUUGAGGUACUCACUUCUCAUGAGUCUCCAGGUGUGCCUGCGGUUUUCAGCUGGAUCCUGGAUUGGGGGCUUCAUCGCCCCUCUGCUACCUACCAUACUCAUCUCGCGUCUAAACUUUUGUGGCCCUCAGAAGAUCAACCAUUUCUUUUGUGACUCAGACCCCAUUUUUAAACUGUCAUGCUCAGAUACAUUUUUG